UGCUGUCUCAGGUAGGCAGAGCCUGUGCGCUGUAGUCGCUCCUAUGGCAACCCAAUAGAAUGGGAUCGCUUCAUGAAUAUUCCCAGGAGCAGGGGCUGCAUGAGGAAUAAGUGAUGACAGUGAUGUAAGCAAGCAGUGGCCGCUGCAGGUUGCAGUUCAUUGUGUUAUUGGCCGGCAGGUUGAGGAGUUUGAGGCUCGAGCUUUGCUUUCCGGAUGAUGUCUGCCCGCCGGGAGCCACGGCACAUUUGCAUCUCGAAGCCAACAUGGCAAGGCGGCUGCUGCCGCCGCUGCCGCCCUCCCUCGCUUUCCAGCCAGAAGUGUGUGGCUCUGCUCUAGACUUCUUGCCCAGUGCUCAGCAUCUGAGCAGACAGGGAUUGCAGUAACACUCACCAAGGGGAGACAAGCAGCAAGUAGCCAAAUCGGGACAACGGAGGAGAAGGGGGGGGCUUUUUGCCUUCCCUCUUUUUUUUUUUUUUUUCGCCUCCUUCCCUUCCCUUCUGGAUGCAGAGCCUGUGUUUUGAUGCAGAGCCUCUGGAUGCCACAGCCCGGUAAGGAGAUGACACGCCAGUCUCCGGUCCCCCGUGCCCCGUGAGCCGGGGGCAGGGGCCUGGGGGCAGCGCCGGUUCCCCUCGCUGGGCAGAGAGGGGGGUCUCUCCCUGUCCCCGAGCAGCAGCAGCAGCGGCGGCGGCCAUGGACAAGCUGCCCCCCUCCAUGCGCAAGAGGCUCUACAGCCUGCCCCAGCAGAUCGGACCCAAGGCGUCGAUCAUGGACGAGGAGGAUGACAGCGACAAGGACACCCGCAGGAAAAGCAUCAGGCUCAAGCCACUGCCUUCGCCCUCUGCUGGGAGCACCCGGGCCCUCGGGGGAGACCCCGGCCGAGGGGGGGACCCCGGCCUGCUAGAGACGGAGGCCGGCGGCAAGGGCGCCAAGACCAGCACCAACGGGGACUGCCGCCGCUUCAAAGGGAGCCUGUCCUCGCUCACCAGCAGGCACCUCCACGACGCGGCCGAGGAGAAGCGGCUCAUCGGCGGCGAGGGGGAGCCGGCCUCUCCCGGGGAGGACAAGAGCCCCCCCGGCAGCGGGGAGCUGGAGCAGGGGCUGCCCGUGCCCCCACCGCCCGCCUCCCCCCCAGAGCCCCAGCAGCCGCCCCCCCGGGCCUGCUCCUCGACCUCCAUCAAAGUGGAGGGAGCUGGAGGGUGCGACCAGAUCACCCCAGAUGAGGAGCAGAGGCUGGGCCAGGCCGGCUUCAUGCAGAGGCAGUUCGGGGCCAUGCUCCAGCCGGGGGUCAACAAAUUCUCCUUGAGGAUGUUUGGCAGCCAGAAGGCCGUGGAGAGGGAGCAGGAAAGGGUUAAGUCUGCCGGGUUCUGGAUCAUCCAUCCCUACAGCGACUUCAGGUUUUACUGGGAUCUGACCAUGCUGCUGCUGAUGGUAGGGAACCUGAUCAUCAUCCCUGUGGGCAUCACCUUCUUCAAGGAUGAAAACACCACCCCGUGGAUUGUCUUCAACGUGGUUUCGGACACUUUCUUCCUCAUCGACCUCGUCCUCAACUUCCGGACAGGCAUCGUGGUGGAGGACAACACCGAGAUCAUCCUGGACCCGCAGAGGAUCAAGAUGAAGUACCUGAAGAGCUGGUUCGUGGUGGAUUUUAUCUCCUCCAUCCCCGUGGACUACAUCUUCCUGAUCGUGGAGACGCGCAUCGACUCUGAGGUGUACAAGACGGCGCGGGCCCUGCGCAUCGUGCGCUUCACCAAGAUCCUGAGCCUGCUGCGCCUGCUGCGCCUCUCCCGCCUCAUCCGCUACAUCCACCAGUGGGAGGAGAUCUUCCACAUGACCUACGACCUGGCCAGCGCCGUGGUGAGGAUCGUCAACCUCAUCGGGAUGAUGCUGCUGCUGUGCCACUGGGACGGCUGCCUGCAGUUCCUGGUGCCCAUGCUGCAGGACUUCCCCGACGACUGCUGGGUGUCCCUCAACCGCAUGGUGAACGACUCGUGGGGGAAGCAGUACUCGUACGCCCUGUUCAAGGCCAUGAGCCACAUGCUGUGCAUCGGCUACGGGCAGCAGGCGCCGGUGGGGAUGUCGGACGUGUGGCUCACCAUGCUCAGCAUGAUCGUGGGGGCCACCUGCUACGCCAUGUUCAUCGGCCACGCCACCGCCCUCAUCCAGUCCCUGGACUCCUCGCGCCGCCAGUACCAGGAGAAGUACAAGCAGGUGGAGCAGUACAUGUCCUUCCACAAGCUGCCCGCCGACAUGCGGCAGCGCAUCCACGACUACUACGAGCACCGCUACCAGGGCAAGAUGUUUGAUGAGGAGAGCAUCCUGGGGGAGCUGAGCGAGCCCCUGCGCGAGGAAAUCAUAAACUUCAACUGCCGCAAGCUGGUGGCCUCCAUGCCCCUGUUUGCCAACGCAGACCCCAACUUCGUGACGUCCAUGCUGACCAAGCUGAAGUUCGAGGUGUUCCAGCCCGGGGACUACAUCAUCCGGGAGGGCACCAUCGGCAAGAAGAUGUACUUCAUCCAGCACGGCGUGGUCAGCGUGCUCACCAAGGGCAACAAGGAGACCAAGCUGGCCGACGGCUCCUACUUCGGAGAGAUCUGCCUGCUGACCCGUGGCCGGCGCACGGCCAGCGUGCGCGCCGACACCUACUGCCGCCUCUACUCCCUGUCCGUGGACAACUUCAACGAGGUGCUGGAGGAGUACCCCAUGAUGAGGAGAGCCUUCGAGACCGUGGCUCUGGACAGGCUGGACAGGAUUGGCAAGAAGAACUCCAUCCUGCUGCAUAAAGUGCAGCACGACCUCAACUCGGGGGUGUUCAACUACCAGGAGAACGAGAUCAUCCAGCAGAUCGUGCAGCACGACCGGGAGAUGGCUCACUGUGCCCACAACGUGCAGGCCGCCGCCGCCGCCGCCUCCACGCCCACGCCGGUCAUCUGGACGCCGCUGAUCCAGGCCCCGCUGCAGGCCGCUGCUGCCACCACGUCGGUGGCCAUCGCGCUGACCCACCACCCGCGCCUGCCCACGGCCAUCUUCCGGCCGCCCGUGUCCGUGCUGGGCUCCCUGGGCCAGCAGCCCAGCCAGACCCCCAGGCAGCUGAAGAGGUUCCAGUCGCUCAUCCCGUCCGCCGGCCCCUCUGCCGUGGGCUCCCCGUCCAGCACCCCGUCCCAGCUGCACACGCCGGGCGCAGAGACCCCCUCGUCCUCGUCCUUCCACAUCCAGCAGCUCGCCGGCUUCUCGGCCGCCGCCGGCCUGGGCCAGUUCCAGGUGGGAUCCCCUCCGGGGGGCUCCGGCCAGCCGGGGCCGAGCAGCACCUCCUCGGUGGGGCUGAGCCAGUUCCACAAUGCACCCUCGGGGUCACCCCUAGGCACGGCUCAGCCCCUGCAGCAGCAGCAGCCGCAGCAGCAACAGCAGCAGCAGCAGCAGCAGCAGCAGCAGCAGCAGCAGCAGCCGCCGCCAGCCCUCUCCAGCAGUGGAUUUGGGCACUUCCAGCAAGCCACAGCCGGCUCCCCAUCGACAUCCCUCACCCAGCUCUCAUCAAACUCCCCCCCCAGCCUCCUGAACCAGUUCCAGCCCAGCACGAGACCACUGCAGGGGGGACAGUCGCAGCAGCUCUCGGGCAGUGGGACCUUGGUGGGGAUGAACCACUUCCAACCCCCUCCUUCUUCCAACUCUCCAUCCUCCAGCCUCAGCCAGCUGGCGCAGGCCUCGGGCGGGCCGUCCGCAGCGCUGUGCCAAACACAUCCAAGUGCUUUAGGAUCUCUGACUGGAACGAUAGCCCAGCUCCACCAAGAGCGGCCUCCCUUCGCCUCCGCGUCCCCGCUGCAGCAGCCCGGCGUCGCCUCUCCCUGUUACACCCCUUCUGGCCUUAGUCCUCCCAGUCAGAGCCCGGUGGCCAGCAGAACUUUCCAGUGCGGCCCCGCGGGGGCCUCGGGCUCCCAGGGCUCGCUGCUGCUGCCGCAGCCCGCCAGCCCCCCGGCCCCGCCGCUGCCCGGGCGCAGCGCGCUGCCGCCGGGCCGCCUCAACCAGGACAUCAAGCUGAUCUCCGCGUCCCAGCCCUCCCUACCCCAGGAGCUGGCUCAGACGCUGGGCCACCACAGCUCUCCUCACUCCUCUAGAGAAUCUGUUUCCAGCUUCUCCCCUUUCCCCGGCGGCGGGAGCGGGCUCCUGGGGAAGCCGUGCAGCUCCAUCCCCGGGCGGGUGACUCUGCCGCGCCAGAUGUCCUCAGGUUCUCUGCCACACCCGCUGGUGUUCGGGGCCGGCGCCGCUGCCCUGGCCGCGGGCGGGCGGAAGGAAUCCAUCGUGCUCACGGGGGAUCUGGAGCCCGUCAGGUCCAAACUGCCCUCCAAUUUGUGAGGACUCCCGGGGCAGCUGCUCGUGCCAGCCCUGCCCUGCCCUUCAGUUCCUGAUGAGUUCGCCGAGCAGUUCUUUCCUUUCCUUCCCCCCCACCCCGCGCCACUCCUGCUUUUUUUUUUUUUUUUGGUUGGUUGGUUGGUUGGUUGGU